CCCUAAAAAGCUCCAAGCUUUUCACUCCCUUCGUCGUCGUCGUGCUUCUAAGCUUGAAUCCUGAGAUCUCUAUCUUGCAAAUGGAGCUCAAUUUUUCUUCCAAGGCUUUAACCAACAACAAAUUCCCUUCUUGCGGCUUCCCAUCCACCACCGGAAAACUCUUAAACCCAUCAAAAUCGCUCUGCUUAGCUUCUCACCACCCGAUUCCCACAGUUUCAUUCUCUCUCUCUUCUUCUGCUGAUUCUCUCAAGCUAACGACUUCAAGAAAGGUGAUAGCAAUGUCCAUGGCAAGUUCAAGAGACUUGGAGAUGUCGAACUUAACGGCGUUAUCGCCUCUUGACGGACGUUACUGGGGGAAAGUCAAGGACUUGGCUUCUUCCAUGAGCGAGUUUGGUUUGAUCUACUUCCGAGUACUUGUCGAGAUCAAAUGGCUUCUUAAGCUAUCGAGAAUUCCUCAAGUCACCGAAGUUCCAAGCUUUAGCAAAGAAGCUGAGGUUUACUUGCAAGGCAUCAUCGAUGGAUUCAGCAUGGACGACGCUUUGGAAGUCAAGAAGAUCGAGAAAGUGACCAAUCACGAUGUCAAGGCCGUUGAGUAUUUCUUGAAACAAAAGUGUGAAUCACACCCUGAGAUCGCUAAGGUUCUUGAGUUCUUCCAUUUCGCUUGCACAUCUGAGGACAUCAACAACCUUUCCCAUGGCUUGAUGCUUCAAGAAGCGCUUACUUCGGUUAUACUCCCAUCCAUGGAUGAGCUCAUCAAGUCGAUCUCUCAGAUGGCUAAGGAGUUUGCGUAUGUCCCCAUGCUCUCACGAACUCACGGACAGCCAGCUUCACCUACAACAUUAGGGAAAGAAAUGGCGAUUUUCGCUGUGAGGUUAAGCGAAGAGAGGAGAUACCUUUCAGAAACCAAGAUUAAGGGGAAGUUUGCAGGUGCUGUUGGGAACUACAACGCUCAUAUUUCAGCUUAUCCUAACAUCGACUGGCCUCACGUUGCAGAGGAGUUUGUUACUUCUCUCGGUUUAACAUUUAACCCGUACGUCACUCAGAUUGAGCCUCAUGACUAUAUGGCUAGGCUUUUCAACACGAUCAGCCAGUUCAACAAUAUUUUGAUUGAUUUCGACAGAGAUAUAUGGAGCUACAUAUCUCUAGGCUACUUUAAGCAGAUAACUAAA